UGUUAUUUACACACAUGCUGCAUCAAGGUUGAAUGUGACACCAUUAUUUGCAUCGAGGUCCCAAGCACUUAGGUAUCUGUCAGUUAGAUGGGGAGUUGAUCUUUCCAGUAUGGUUGUUUUUGUUGGGGAAAAGGGAGAUACAGAUUAUGAAGGCCUGCUUGUGGGCCUUCACAAGACUGUUAUUCUAAAAGGAAGUGUGGAAUAUGCCAGUGAGAUGCUUCUUCACAAUGAAGACAGCUUCAGAACAGAUGAUGUAGUGCCUCGAGAUAGCACAAACAUACGUGCAGCUGAAGGAUAUGAACCCCAGGAUAUCUCUGGAGCCUUGGAGAAGUUAGAGGUCAUGUGACAACUUUUGGAUGAUGCAUUUUCUAUUUCACUUAUAGGCAAAAUUUUCACAGCUUAAGCAAGCGAGAAAAAUUGGUUUUCAUUCUUAUACUUUGUAAAAAAAUCAAGUUACAUAUACAAGUGCAUAGUACAACUAGAGUUCAAAGCACAUGAACGUAUAUAAUAAACUUUUAUCUGAUAUCUA